GCCAGUUCCUCGUCGCGCGCGAAGCUCUACGGACUUGCAGUGCAACUUGACGUUCUUACGACCAUCUUCUUCACGGCAGCUUGUUCUUUCCCUUUGGUCACAGUCGACCGACGCAUCCGACUUCUGUCCUUUACGACCUUUAAUUAUACCCUUUCAGCGCAUCCAGAACGCACUAGUUGUAGUGCAAACAGCGAAAAGUCGCGAACCAGGCUCGCUUUCCACCCCGCGUGUCUUCUCUGCAGGUCUUCUUUGCGCCCUCGACACCCACCACCCCAAAAUUGACCGCGCACGAGCGUCGACUUCUCACGGCGAUUUAUUGAUGGAAGGCAAAUACUGAUCGACUGCUGAACGACCUCAUCGCUUGCUGUUGCGCAGCACAGCGCAGUCAUGACGGAGCGCAACCUGGACAUCUUCGAGAGCAAACUCUCAGAUGCCAGUACAGACCUCCGGACAAAAUGCAACUUCCUCAUCGAGAUCCGUGAUGGCAUGGACCAUUGGUGCCAGGGCACCACCUACCCGGUCUUCUUGCAAAAGUUUGUUCCGAUACUCCUCGACAUCCUCAGUGGCUCCCCGGUCUUCAUUAGUACAUCGCCGGAACAGCGACUACGCAAUUGCGCCCUCGAGAUCUUGCAUCGCCUACCCAUGUCCACGCCGGAUGUCACCGAUCAGUAUGCUCCCCAAAUUGUCGACAAAUUGCUGGAAUUGGCGCGGAUUGAGAACGAGGACAAUGCCGUGCUUUGCAUGAAGAUCAUCAUGGAGUUUGAGAGAAACCACCUGAACUCAUGCGCGAGCAAGGUCCAGCCCUUCCUGGAUCUCAUUCUUGAGUUGUUCCAGACUAUGGACCAGACCGUCAAGGACACCUUCGAUACACCAGCAGCUAUUGGCUCCUCCUCCGCUGUUGCUCCAGGCACACCACAGUACAACUCGCCCAGACCCGCAUCACCAGUGGCCUCGACCACAUCCCUGACAGCCGAUGUUGGUAGCGACCAGCCGCAGACCCGUCAAUUGCAGAAAGGAACACAGUCCUUCAAGCUUGUCGCAGAAUGUCCCAUCAUCGUCGUUAGCAUCUUUCAGGCACACCGUAGCAUGGUAGCGAAGAAUGUCGAGGCUUUCGUCCACCGUAUCAAGGCAAUCCUGUCACUCCAGGCCGGACCACAAAAGAGAGCCCAUGAGGAGGCCAGGGAACGAGGAACGACUUUUGUUGGCGUGGCAAAAGACAUCAAGAACCGUGCGGCUUUCGGUGAGCUUGUGACUGCUCAAGUGAAGACUAUGAGCUUCCUCGCUUACCUGCUGCGUGUCUAUCAAAAGCUGUUGGCAGACUUCCUGCAUGAGCUACCAGAGAUUGUUGUUCGCCUCCUUCAGGACUGUCCGAGAGAGAAGUCUAGUGCACGAAAGGAGCUCUUGGUCGCUAUCAGGCAUAUCGUCAACUUCAACAUCAGAACAAUCUUCUUGCCCAAGCUGGAUGAGUUGCUGGACGAGCGCACUCUGAUUGGCGACGGCUUGACAGUUUACGAGACAUUACGACCUUUGGCUUUUACUAUGCUGGCCGACCUGAUCCACCACGUGAGAGAGAACUUGAAGCCAGCACAGAUCGAAAAGAGCAUCUUCGUCUACACGAAGAAUCUGCACGACGACUACCCGGGAACGAGUUUCCAGACCAUGAGCGCCAAGCUGCUUCUGAACAUGGCUGAAUGCAUGGCCAAGGUCGAAGACAAGCAAGACGCACGUUACUUCCUUACCUUGGUCUUGAAUGCGAUCGGCGAGAAGUUUGCAUCCAUGAAUCGUCAAUAUCACAAUGCUGUCAAGGCCUCCGCACAGUAUGCAGAGACGACGAUGGAAGCUGGAGCUGAGAACUACCUUGCAGACAUCAACCAAAAGCCGGAGUGGGACGAGAUUGACAUCUUCAACGCAACACCCAUCAAGACCAACAACCUCAGGGAUCGUGGAUCUGAUCCUGUGGCAGACAACAAGUUCUUGUUCAAGAAUCUACUGCAUGGAUUGAAGACGCUGUUCUAUUCGUUACGCGCUUCCAACCCGACUCGCAUUCGCGACGAAAUGGACGCAGCCAAUGUUCCUCCCAACUGGCAAGAUGUGUCGUAUGGAUUCAAUGCCGAGGAAGUCAACGUUUUGAUCAAGCUCUUCCGCGAGGGUGCACAAGUCUUCCGGUAUUACAACGCGGAGAAGACACCAACAGAAACACCUAUGAUGAACCCGGUUGAGUUCUUGGCCAACAAUCACAUGAUGAGCAGCGGAAAGGAGGAGAAAGACCUUCUUGAGACUUUUGCAACAAUCUUCCAUCACAUCGACCCCGCCACAUUCCAUGAAGUCUUCCAGGCCGAGAUUCCUCAUCUAUACGAAAUGAUCUUUGACCAUCCCGCUCUUCUGCACAUCGCGCAAUUCUUGCUCGCCAGCGAAGCCACGUCUCCUGCGUUCUGCGGCAUGAUGUUGCAGUUCUUGAUGGGCAGACUUGAGGAAGUCGGUACUGCAGAUGUGCAGAAGUCGAGCGUGCUUCUCAGACUUUUCAAGCUUUCAUUCAUGGCCGUUACCCUUUUCUCUGCACAAAACGAGCAGGUACUACUGCCUCACGUCACCAAACUUAUCACAAGAUCCAUCGAGCUCUCAGUGACUGCGGAAGAUCCCACCAACUACUUCCUUCUGCUCCGAUCAUUGUUCAGAAGUAUCGGAGGUGGUCGAUUCGAGAAUCUCUACAAGGAGAUCCUGCCGCUGCUCGAGAUGUUGCUGGAAGUGUUGAACAACCUACUCACCUCCGCGCGCAAGCCUCAGGAUAGAGAUCUCUUCGUCGAGUUGUCCCUGACAGUGCCCGCGCGACUUAGUCAUUUGCUUCCUCACCUCAGCUAUCUUAUGAGGCCAUUGGUUGUAGCUCUCAGGGCUGGCUCUGAGCUUAUCGCGCAAGGUCUUCGCACCUUGGAACUCUGUGUAGAUAACCUUACAGCCGACUACCUUGAUCCCAUCAUGGCCCCUGUUAUUGACGAGCUGAUGGCUGCUCUGUGGGAUCACCUCAAGCCCCAGCCGUACAGUCAUUUCCAUGCCCACACUACUAUGCGUAUAUUGGGCAAACUUGGAGGGCGCAACCGCAAGUUCCUCACCUCGCCGCCUGCUCUCGAGUACAAGCCAUACGCAGAUGACGAGGCUAGCUACGACAUCAAGCUCAUUGGGUCCAUGAAGGACAGAGCGUUCCCUGCAAGACUGGGUAUCGAUGUUGCAAUUGAUAAGCUCAGAGAACAGCCAAAGGCAACAGCAGCAAAGAAGUCUGAUGCUUUCCACAAGCAACAAGCACUCAACCUUGUCAAGACGCAGAUAAAGCUUUUGGUGGGCUUCGACAAUCUGCCAGAGGACUUCGCUAGACUCGUCCGUUUGCAGGCCAAUGACUUGUUUGAUAAGAACUACGAUGUCGGGCACGACUACUUCUCCAAGUCGGAGCGUGAGAAGUCUGUUGCAAAGAAGGACGCUCAGCAAACAACUCUACUCAAGCUGAUCAAGGCAGCCAUGCUAGCUGCUGCAGUUCCUGAAUUGAAGCAGGAUGUCGUGCCUUUCUUGAAUGGUCUGUACAGACAUCUGGCCGUCCUCGAACUCGGCCGAUCGCUUGGUCAGGAGAAGCAUGCUAAGCGACCAUUCGAGCCGUUGUCUGGUGAAGGUCCCGUAUUUAUCGAUAGUAGAGUCAUUGCGGACGCGAUUGCCGAUACGCUUUCUUCAGAUUCUGCAGAUGUUCGAGAUGUCGCCUUCAAUGCCUUGGACACAAUGUGGAAGUCAGCAGCCACGAUCUUUGGCUCCGAAGACAGAGUUGAACGUUUACCUUUUUUCCGCGACCUCACCAAAUCUCUCGUUCAUCACUGCUUCGAGGAGGAGUGGUUCUCCAAAUCUGGAGGUACUGCUGGCAUUGAUUACGUUGUCAAUAAGCUCAACUUUAGCGCUGCCUGGUUGAAGGAUCGUGAGAUUGAGCUCAUUCGUGCACUUUUCUUUGUGAUGAAGGACAUGCCUCAGGACCUUCCUGCCAAUGUCCGAGUCCAAGCCAAGGAUGUGCUGCAAGCUAUCAUUAGAAAGUGCAACACAGGCGCUCCGGAGUCCGACAUCGGCACCGCUAGCACUCUCAUAAACCAAGUGUCUAACAAACUGGUUACCGAAGUGUCGCACAUGAACCGUCAUGUCCGCGAGGCAGCUCAGGAUGGUCUCCGCUUGCUUGCAGAGGUUGUUGGCGUGAAGCUUUGGCAAAUCGUCAAGCCAGUCAAGGAACUGGUGCUUCAACCUAUCUUCAACAAGCCACUUCGAGCACUUCCCUUCGCGGUGCAAAUAGGUUACAUCGACGCCUUGAACUUCUGCUUGGACAUGGAGAAUGAAGUCCUUCAAUUCGAGGACCGCCUCAACCGGUCUCUUAUGGAGACAUUGGCUUUGGCUGAUGCCGAAGACGAGACUCUUGCACCCAAGCCGAUGGAGCACAGAAGCGCCGAAUCAAUAGUCAACCUCAGAGUUUCCUGCCUUCGUCUACUAACCACUGCAAUAAGACUGCCCGCAUUCGGUAAUUCCCCACAUGCUCAGCACCGCAGUCGCAUCAUCACAGUGUUCUUCAAGUCCUUGUACUCCAGGAACAACGAGGUCAAGACUACAGCCAACUCAGGUUUGCAGAUAGUGCUGCAAGCUACUCAGAAGCUACCAAAGGACCUCCUCCAGAGUGGUUUGAGACCUAUCCUGAUGAACGUCCAGGACCCUCGUAAGCUGAGUGUUGAGGGACUCGAAGGUCUCCGCACUCUACUUCAGCUUCUCACCAACUACUUCAAGGUCGAGAUUGGUUCGCGCUUGUUGGACCACAUGAAGCACAUUGCAGAUGCACAAAGCCUGCAGAAGGUUUCCUUCUCGCUCAUUGAGCAGAACCCCAAGAUGCGUGUCGUCACUGCUAUCUUUGGCGUGUUCCAUCUUCUGCCUGCUGCUGCUGUACAGUUCCUCCCUACGCUGGUCGAAAGGGUACUUGAGCUUGAGAGCAGCUUACGCAGAACUCACUUCAGUCCUUUCCGUGAGCCUCUGAUCAAGUACCUGAACCACUACUCGAAAGAAGCACUGGAGUUUUUCAGCACAAACUUGAAGGACGAGGCUAAGGGCAGAUUCUUUGCUCAAGUUCUGUCCGACCAGGCAGCUAAGCCUUUGCGAACUGCCGUCAUGGAGUCCGAGACUUUCUGGGCACCCCUGACGGGAGAAGGCCUGAACGAUGUCGAGAAGGACCAAGCAGCAGUCAAUGCUGUCCACGUUUCUUUGUCUCUUUCCGAGUUUCCCGAGUCUCUUGCUUGGCUCACAUCGAACGACAAGACGAGAUUGGCGUUGUUCGAAGCCGCCAAGUCGUUACAACAGAAGCUGCAGAACAAGACGUUAGCUCUAUCGCUUCGUCUACCAGUUGAGCAGGUCGGAGACCACUUAAUGAUCAUUCUCACAAGAUAUCUUGCUCAGAAGCCCGACGAUUUGGACUUCUUCUUCGACCUUGUGCAAGCCUGCGCGAAUGAUGAGCUCGCAGAGUCGCAUCGUCUGUUCCAUUUCAUCUACGAGUACAUCAUUACCAGCACGUCUGUCGAGUAUCAACGCUCGGUGGCUGUUCGCUGCAUUGAUAUUUACACAAACCGCCAGAAGACACCGCGUAUGAAAUCUUUCGUGUUCCACAACAUCCUCAACCCAAUCUUCGCUAUGGACAUCCAGCGCAACUGGGAAAGCCUGUUUGGUACCAACAAGGGCACUGAGCUCUUCGACAAGUCCAUGACGGAUAUUGUCCACUCGAAGUUGUGGAAACCGCAAGCCAACAGUGACAUCUCUGAAGAUCCUACUCAACCCGGCGUCGAUCAGUCAAGGAUGGAGUUGAUUCAACUGACAUCGAUGCUUCUCAAAUACCACCACAACAUGCUCUCUGAUGCACGCAAGGACGUAAUUAUGUUUGGUUGGACGUACAUCAGACUUGAAGACACCAUCAACAAGUAUGCUUCGUACGCGUUGAUUUCAUACUUCAUCGCCCACUACGAUACUCCUGCCAAGAUCGUUGUGCAAAUCUACGGCAAGUUGCUGGGAGCACACCAGGCUGAAGGCCGACCACUCGUCAUGCAAGCACUUGAAAUCCUCGAGCCUGUCCUCAUCAAGCGUACUGGUGGCGAACAAGCGAGAGCACCUGCCUGGACUCGCAUUCCUCGUCGCAUAUUGAGCGAAGAGACGUCGAAUACACCACAGCUCACUAGCAUUUUCCAAUUCCUUGUUCGACACCCUGACCUCUUCUAUGAGGCUAGGGAGUCUUUCGCAUCCAUCAUCAUUCCCUCACUCAACAAGGUUGCGCAGCUGCCCAAUCCUUCCACCGAGAACAAGAGACUGGCCAUUAACCUCUUCAGCAUGAUAUGGCACUGGGAAGAACGUACUGUGAAGGAGAAUGGAUCACUCUCUGGUCCUCAGUCGCCUAACAGCGAGGCACCUGCUACCAACAAGAAGGCAGCUUCAGCCUCGUACUCUCUUCGCACUAUGAUGAUAAAAUACAUGGUCAAUUUCAUUGCCAUUCUGCCUGAGAGGUUCCCUGUCCCGAGCUCUACUGAGGAGGGCAAGGAUGCUAAGGAAGGCAAGGAACGUCCCAAUCCUGCAUCCAACGAGACUAUAAGAAAGUCACUGGAGUUGCUCUGGCGCUUCCUGUCUCCAGGCUAUUGGGAUGAUGUCGACGUUGAUGCCAUGUUCCCCAAGGUCACUGAACAGAUCCUCCUUUCUGAGCCAAAGCAGGACGAGAAGAUGGAGGCCUGGACCAGUCGUGUCAUCAACACUUUGCAAAUGCUUCGUUCUCUUGUCAAUGCAAAGUCUGAUGAGUGGAUCGUUGCUCGUCUGCCUCAAUUACAAAAGCUGCUCGCGAAGUCGUUGAAGAGCGAGAGCGCUGAGAUUCAAGAUUGCUUGCAUUGCGACAAGCCAGUCGAGGGCUUCCCUGAACUCAAGCCAUUGAUGAAGGCCAUUCUGGACGCUGUACCUCUACAGCAGUCCGAAGAGGACUUGCCUGAUGCUGAAAGCCCGACAGAUGAGUUUGUCAACUUCCUUUCCACUCUUGCGGGUGAUUGUAUGUCUGCUACUGGCAAGGACACCCAAGCUCAGACCGCUGGUAUCAACAUCCUCUGGACCUUGUCUCAGCGCAAAGCUGACAGCGUGGACACUCAUAUCCCUGCUCUUCUCAAGGCCCUCCAAGGUAACCUAGCAAAGAACCAUCUCGCAGCUCAGAUGCCUCAGCAAGUCGCUACUGCCAAUGGUGUCGCAGCUCAGCCACCCGCCAACCCUCAAGAGGUCGACCUCAACACAGUCCUCAUAACAAGAGUGAUUGAGAUGCUUUCAGGUCGUAUCGCAGCACUUGGGGAGCAGCGCAGACCUUAUCUUAGUGUCCUCGCUUCGCUCGUCGAAAGAUCACAAAACAACACAUUGUGCGAGAAGAUUCUGAGUAUGGUCGAAGAAUGGGUCUUCAACUCGACAGAACCUGUCCCUACUCUCAAAGAAAAGACGGCUGUGUUGCAGAAGAUGCUCAUGUUCGAAAACAGAUCUGACCUCACGCUCUAUCACAAGUUUCUCGAUCUGGUCAUCCGUAUUUACGAGGAUCCCAAGAUCUUCCGAUCAGAAUUGGCUGUACGCAUGGAGCAUGCUUUCCUCAUUGGUCUUAGAAGCCCUGACAUCCCUAUGCGCACGCGCUUCAUGACCAUCUACGAUCGUAACCUGAGUCGCACUGCUGCCAAUCGCUUCUUCAAACUGCUCGCAGAACAACAGUGGGAUGUACUUGCUGACAGCUUCUGGCUUAGUCAAGUCAUCCACCUCAUGUUCGGAUCCAUUGACAUGAACACGCCGCUAAAGCUUCACAACGAUGAUUUCAAGUGCUUAUCGGCCUCGAAGCUUUACAACACCCAUGCUGCUGACCCGCGACUCCCCGACCUUAUGCUUGACACCGAGUUCGAAAACUUCAUUGCAGGCCACAAGCGCUUCGUGCAAGAGCUUGGCGAAGUCAAGACGAAGGAUGUGCUUGAGCCUUUGGCCAACCUUCAGCACACUGACUCGAACCUUGCUCAUGAUAUCUGGACUGCAUACUUCCCGCUCAUCUGGUCGAGCUUGUCAAGAGACGACCGCGAGGAUAUGGAGACUGGUCUCAUUAACUUGUUGACCAAGGACUUCCAGCAACGUCAGACUGACAAGCGCCCGAACUGUGUUGCUACUCUUAUUGACGGCAUCGUCCGUGCUAGACCUCGUGUCAAGUUCCCACCCCAUGUCUUGAAGUUCCAAGCGAAGAACUACAACGCUUGGUACAGCGCUGCAACUUACAUCGAAGAGCUGGCCAUGAAGCCAAUCGUCGAUACUCCUGCCAUUCGCGAAAGUAACUUGGACGCCCUGGUUGAAUUGUAUGCUACACUUCAGGAAGAUGACCUUUUCUACGGGACCUGGCGCAGGAGAUGUCAGUUCGUUGAGACCAAUGCUGCUCUCUCAUACGAGCAGAAUGGCGUUUGGGACAAGGCUCAAGCAAUGUACGAGCAAGCACAGAUCAAAGCUCGCACUGGUUCUAUCGCUUUCUCACCCGGAGAGUACAUGCUCUGGGAAGAUCACUGGGUGUACUGCGCAGAGAAGCUCCAACAGUGGGAGAUCUUGGGCGACUUUGCUAAGCACGAAAACCUCAACGAUCUUUUCCUUGAGGCAACUUGGCGCAACUUUGACGCUUGGGAAGAACCUGACAAUCGUGCUCAACUUGAUACCAUCAUCAAGGCCGUUUCCGAUGCUCCUACUCCUCGUCGCAUGUUCUUCCAAGCCUUCAUGUCACUGCUGAAGCUGCACAACAAGACCGAAAUUCAGCAAGACUUUAACCGCAUCUGCGAUGAAAACAUCCAACUUUCAAUCAAGAACUGGCACAAGCUACCCAAGCAAAUAACGCAGGCUCACAUUGGUCUGCUCCAAAACUUCCAGAACCUUGUCGAGUUGCAUGAUGCAAGCGUGAUUUGUAGCAGCCUGGCCCAAACCACAUCAGCAAACCUUGAUGUCAAGAGUCAAGAGCUGAAGUUGCUUCUCGGCACAUGGAGAGACAGACUACCCAACUUCUGGGAUGACAUCAACUCAUGGCAAGACUUGGUAACCUGGCGCCAACACAUCUUCCAGCUCAUCAAUAAAACUUACUUGACGUUGCUGCCAUCCACAAACCAGGGCAACGCAACUGGUCAGUCGUAUGCUUACCGCGGCUACCACGAGACUGCUUGGAUUAUCAAUCGCUUCGCCCAUGUUGCUCGUAAGCAUCAGAUGCCGGAUGUUUGCAUCACUCAACUCAGCAGAAUCUACACUUUGCCCAACAUCGAGAUUCAAGAAGCUUUCCUUAAGCUCAGAGAGCAGGCCAAGUGCUGUUACCAGAACCGCAAUGAGCUCACCAGUGGCUUGGAUGUUAUCAACAAUACCAACCUCAAUUACUUUGGUGCACAGCAAAAGGCCGAGUUCUACACCCUCAAGGGAAUGUUCCUUGCGAAGCUCAACCAUAAAGAGGAAGCCAAUGACGCAUUUGGUACUGCCUUGUACUUUGACAUCAAGCUUCCUAAAGCAUGGAGCGAAUGGGGCAGAUACAACGACAUGCUGUUCAAGGAGAAGCCCGAAGAGAGCAUUGACAAAGCCAGCGCAGCUAUUAGUUGUUACCUUGAAGCCGCUGGUCAAUACAAGAGCGCCAAAUCAAGAAAGCUUCUCAGCAGAAUCCUCUGGCUUCUCAGUUUGGACGAUGCGGAGAACACGCUCGCGAAGGCGUUCGAGAACUUUAAGGGAGAGACGCCUGUGUGGUACUGGAUCACCUUCAUUCCUCAGCUGCUCAACAACUUGUCUCGUACGCCGAGCGAGGCCAACAUUGCUCACGGUAUCCUGAGUAAGCUCGCAAAGACGUACCCCCAGGCACUGUACUUCCAACUGCGUACUAGCCGCGAAGAUAUGUCGGUCAUCAAGAGGAGUCAAGAACAGAAGGAGGCUAGGGAGAAACAGCUACGAGCUAAGCAAGCUGGAGGAGCCACUCUAGCCGAAGCUGCUAAGCCAGACGCUAAUGCCAACGGAGAUGCUGCCAGUGGCACUCCUCAGCCCAAGCCUGAAGGUCAAGAUGCACCGAAGGUUGAGGUUGCCGAACCACCAAAGCCGAAGAAGCCAUGGGAUCAUACUGAAGAGCUUACUCAAACGCUCAAGACAGCCUUCCCUCUAUUAGCGUUGUCUAUGGAGACUAUGGUUGAUCAAGUCCAGAAGUACUUCAAGUGCACCCUGGAUGAGGAUGCUUACCGUCUCAUUGUUGCUCUGCUCAACGACGGUUUGGCAUAUGUUGGCAGAUACCCAACCUCGUACGCCCAAGGCGUGAACCUACCACCAUCUACAGAGGCAAACAUCACUCGCUUCGCAGAAUCCAUCUUGCCGGCCCACAUUCGUAAGUCGUUUGAAGCCGACUUUGUGACCAAGAAGCCGUCGAUGUUCGAAUACAUUGCCAAGCUUCGCAGAUGGAGAGACAGAUUUGAAGAAAAGCUUGAUCGCAGGACGUCUAAGUGGCACCUCGAACAGACGACUCAUCUGGCAGAGUUCCGUUUCUUGAAGUUCGACGAGGUCGAAGUUCCUGGACAAUACCUGCAGCAUCGUGACAAGAACCAAGAUUUCGUCAGGAUCGAAAGAUUCUUGCCUGACGUUGAGCUCAUCAGAGGUGUCACUGGCUGUCACAGGAGAUUGACCAUUCGUGGCCAUGAUGGAAGCGUGCAUCCAUUCGCCAUCCAGCAUCCUACUGCCAGACACAGCAGACGUGAGGAGAGAGUUACGCAGUUGUUCAGAAUCUUCAACAGCAUCUUGGCUAAGAAGAAGGAGAGUAGACGCCGCAACCUGCAGUUCCACCUGCCUCUGAUGAUUCCGUUGUCUCCUGGUAUCCGCAUGAUCCAGGACGAUUCUUCGUACAUCAGUCUGCAAGGUAUUUACGAAGACUACUGCCGCCGCAAUGGCAUCAACAAGGAUGACCCGGUCUUGUUCCAAAUCGACAAGCUCCGCGCCUUGACACCGCAAAAACCCGAACAGGCUGCCAGCAUCCGUUUGGAGACAUUCAAUGCGAUUCAAGAAAAGUAUGUGCCGAAUGAUGUCGUUCAAGACUACUUCCAGCAGACGUAUCCUUCGUACGACUCGCUAUGGCUGUUCCGCCGACAGUUCUCUGCACAGUUGGCGGCCCUGACAUUCAUCACAUUCACCAUGCACAUGACGAUGCGUUAUCCUCACAAGAUGUCCAUCUCACGCGGCACUGGUAACAUUUGGGGAUCCGAGUUGGUACCUGCGAUGGCAGCGGCCAAGCCAUACUUCCACAACCCUGAAGCAAUACCCUUCCGCCUGACACCCAACCUGCAAACACUGAUGGGACCUAUUCACACGGAAGGCAUCUUCGUUGCAGCCUUGAUGGCCAUUGCUCGUUGUCUGACCGACUCGUCGUCUUCGCCUACAACGUCAAGCACACCUGCCGUUCCUACACCUACCAACUCGGGCAAUGGUGGCCACAACCAGGACGAGGCUGAGAGCAACACAUCAGAUCUCGAAGGUCAACUCAGUAUCUUUAUCCGUGAUGAGAUGAACUUCUGGUCGCUGCAACAGCACAAGCAGAGUAUCAAGGACGGCGAGUUGCGCGAGCACGUAUACCGCAAUGCUACCGGCAUUGUCAAGAAGGCGGUCGCCAUGGCAAAGGAGCCGGAUGCUAAGAACUUGCCCGCUAGUCAGAGCGUGCUGGACCUUGUGGCCAAGGCUACUGAGCCCAAGAACCUGUGCACGACUGAUGCACUUUGGCAGGCCUGGCUUUGAGGAGGGGAGGAAGUCGAGAGCAUUGUCUUUCUUGGAGGAUUGAAGAAUAUAUUUUAUGCAUAGCGCUAGGCGAAAGGGAUGGGGAAGGUGCCUAGCGAUUUGCUCUUUUUGCUGCUUUGUUUCGAAAUUCGAUUCUUCUUUGUGUAACUAUACCUCAUGGUUCUUUUCCUCACUUCAAUGGUUGCUUCAUACAUGGUGGUGUCUGCUCUCGUGGCAGUGGAAGUGAUUAGUGACGGCGAGUCAGUGAAUACCAGUGCUUAUCGCU